AUGGCGUCUCAACUUUUCUAUCGCGUUUAUUCACCCACAAGCGCUGGUGGCCUCGUUUGUGGCAAAGCAAAGCAGGGUUGGCAUCGCCCUUCUCAUAUAAACCUAGAACGGGAAUUCGAGAACCAUAAACAUCUCUUCAAUCGAGAACCAACCUCUUUGGUUUCGGUGACCUCUAGUAUCAUUAGAGCUCUAAAAACUGCGUUUUACAAGGCAUACGAAGAUGCACAAGAUUCUGCUGAGAUCUGGAUUGCCUUGAUUAAAGUCCCGAAUUGGGAAUCAGAUGCAUAUCAUUCUGCACAAGAGAUGGCGAAAAGGUGUCGUGCAAAAAACCCGGUGUUGUUCAAGGAUGAAUAUCUCUUCGAGUGGGAGAUUCCAAUGGAAUAUGUUGUGCAUAGAGUUUCUGUGCAGACACUCUCUGAACGUGGUCUGAAUCUAAAAGAAUACUGUGAGCAAACAUGGGAUGGAAAUUCAGAUUCUUUGCUCUACAUACUGCCACCAACUUCAGAUCUGCGGAAAAAGAUUGCAAGCACCGUGUGCGAGGUCAAUUUUGAUCGGAACGUCCACUUCUCCUAUAGCCAUAAUGAGUUUGAAAGUCACGUAAAGCUAGCGGAAAUGGCACGAGCUUUUGGAGCAAGAGCAAUGGGUUUGAAUCUUUCGUGGAAGAUCUUCGCAGAUUGCUGUAUGGAUGGUUUCUCCUGGCCAACGGACUUUGAGCAACGUUAUAACGCCAUGCAAGAGGACUGUGACGUAGUGUUAUUGGAUUGGUGGCUCCUUGGUGAUGAAUUCAGCUAUGACUAUGAGUGCCAUUUGAAACAUGCCGCUAGUUUACGAGAAAUCAUGACGUCGCAAUGGGUCAAGUUGUCAGAAAAAACAAUUUUCAUCUCUGAGGAUUCCGCCUGGUACAAAAAGGAAUUUGGAAUACUUAUGAAGAGGGAGGAAGAUAUGGAACAUGAGAUUGAGGCAGACGCGGUUAGGAUAGGGUUGUAA